AUGGCGCCUGUCAAAAGGAAAUUAUAUCAGCGUUCGCUGUUCUUUGUGGUUUUUCUUCCAAUCUCAGGUGUUUUAUGCUUUAGCGAAUUAUUUUUCAUCAAGGAGCCCCAUGAUGUCACUGUCAUGCGGAGAGAUGCUGUUAUUUUGGACUGUCAGGCGCAUGGAGAGUCACCCAUCGACGUCAGAUGGCUCAAGAAUGGAGUAAACGUGAUGGAGAGCGAACGGGUGUACCUGCUCUCCAAUGGCUCCCUUUAUAUUUCAGAGGUGGAGAGCAGAAGAGGAGACAAAUCAGAUGAAGGGCUCUAUCAGUGCCUUGCUCAGAACAAGUAUGGCGCAAUCCUGAGCCAGAAAGCCCGUCUUACAAUCGCAAGUAUCUCGUCUUUUGCAAUCCAGCCAACGUCAAUAGUGGUAACACAAGGUUCAGUUGCCAGGUUUUCCUGCAAAAUCAGUGCAAACCCUCCUCCAAUCAUCACUUGGGAGUUCAAUCGGGUCACAUUACCCCUUGCCACUGAAAGAAUCACAGUCCUGCCCAGUGGUGUUCUUCAGAUUCACGGGGUGCAGCGGGCAGAUGCUGGGAAUUACCGCUGCAUUGCCACCAACAUUGCCAGCCGCCGCCGAAGCACGGAGGCCACCCUCACCGUUACCCCAGCCCCUAGCCCCCAGCUUCCCCAGAGGCCGCGCAUCAUCGCCGGGCCACAGAACAUUUCAGUGUCGCUGCACCAGAAUGCCAUCCUGGAGUGCAUGGCCACAGGCAAUCCCCGACCCAUCAUCUCGUGGAGCCGAGCAGACAGCAAGUCUAUUGAUGUUUACAACACCAAAGUGCUGGGAAAUGGCAACCUCAUUAUCACAGACAUCAAGCCCCAGCACGGAGGAGUCUAUAUGUGCAGAGCCACCACUCCUGGCACACGAAACUAUACUGUUGCUUCAGCCAAUGUUACUGUGUUAGCACCACCUUCUUUGGUCGAGUGGCCGGAGAGCCUGACCCGGCCACGUGCCGGCACCGCCCGCUUCGUGUGCCAAGCUGAAGGAGUACCAACGCCUCAAAUCACUUGGUUCAAGAACGGGGUGAAAGUUCACUCCAAUGGUCGUAUCAAGAUGUACAACAGCAAACUGGUCAUCAACCAGAUCAUCCCUGAGGAUGAUGCCAUCUAUCAGUGCCAGGCAGAGAAUGAGCAGGGAUCGGUCCUCUCCAUGGCCAGGCUUAUUGUGGUGAUGUCUGAGGAUCGGCCGAGCGCUCCCAGGGAUAUCCGAGCUGACACUGUGUCAAGCUCCGCCAUCCUUCUUGCUUGGGAGAGGCCUCUGUAUAACUCAGAUAAAGUUAUUGCUUACUCAGUGCACUACAUGAAGGCUGAAGGAUUAAACAAUGAGGAAUAUCAAGUUGUCAUUGGAAACGAUACGACUCGCUAUAUUAUUGAUGACCUGGAGCCGGCUCGCAACUACACCUUCUACGUCGUGGCCUACAUGCCCAUGGGAGCCAGUCGUAUGUCGGACCAUGUGUUCCAGCACACACUCGAGGAUGUUCCCCUCCGUGCCCCUGAACUCAGCCUCACCAGCCACAGUCCCGUGGAUAUCCAGGUGUCUUGGCAGCCUCUUCCAGAUAAGCUGAGUCGUGGCCGAAUCACCACCUACCGUUUGUCCUAUCGCACCAGUGCUGAGAAUACAGUCUCACAGGUAGAGCUACCUGGAGAGAAGACCCAGCAUCUCCUAGAAAACCUCCACCCUGACACCAUCUAUCUCCUGCGUAUUGUUGCUGCCACCAGCGUAGGGUGGGGUGAGCAGUCUGUCUGGACAUCCCACCGCACCCCGAAGGCAUCCAGUGCCCGAGUUCCUCUGGCUCCGCAGCUGCAUUUGGAGCCUUCAAACUGCACCACUAUUUUGGUGCGCUGGCAACUGGCACCCAAGAACUCAGCCAGUGUACAAGGCUACAGACUCUUCUACCACGAGGAGAGCCAGUCAGAGAGCGCCCCGGUUCAGCUGCGUGCGUCAAUUAAUACAUACACCAUCGGAGGCCUUGACCCAAGGAAGAAGUAUCAUGUUAAGCUUUUGGCUUAUAAUUUUAUUGGAGAUGGCUAUCAGGCAGACCAGACUAUCAGCACCCCUGGAUGUGUCUCUGUUAGAGAUCGCCUGGUGCCGCCUCCACCUCCUCCUCACAACGUGUAUGCCCAGACUAACAGUUCCACUGCCAUAUUUCUGCUCUGGGGUCGACCAGCCUUCACCUCCAGCCAUGCACUCAACUACACUGUCCGCUGCAACCCAGUAGGCCUACAGAACGCCUCCCUGGUGCUUUACCUGCAGACGAAUGAGCAGAGCCUCCUGGUGCGAGAUCUGGAGCCCAACACCAAGUAUGAAUUUGCCAUUCGCCUUCACAUCGACCAGCUGUCCAGCCCCUGGAGCCCUGUGGUCUAUCAGAAUACUUUCCCUGAUGCUCCCACUCUGCCCCCUUCCAAUGUGAAAGUGACUCUGAUUGAAGAGGACACAGCACUGGUUUCAUGGAAACCCCCGGAUGAACCCAACGUAGCUGUGACACAUUACACGAUCCUGUAUGCCUCCAGACAUGCAUGGAUAGCGGGGGAGUGGCAAGUGCUACAAAGAGAAGGGAGCAUCACCAUGGCUCUGCUUGAGAACCUGAAGCCUGGUCAGAUUUACUUUGUGAAAGUUUCUGCAUCCAACAGCAUGGGCAAUGGGCCGUUUUCUCAUACAGUAGAGCUGACAGUACGAGCAGAUCUCUCCUCUGGUCACGAUCCCCGGCUUGCCCAUGGCUCCACACACUCCACAGCCUUUUCUGAUAGCUUCUACCACCUGGACCAAAAGUCGAUGACAGGGAUCACUGUGGGAGUCUGCAUCGCUCUCAUCUGCAUCAUCAUCUGUGCAUUCAUAAUUGUCUGCAGAGGCAAAAACAGGAAAUUUUCAGCUGUUAAAACAUACAGAGAAAGAGUGAGUACAUCUGCCACGGCUGCAGGACUGGACCCAGAGGGACAAGCUGAGAAUGCUGAUGUGACUGUGCCAAUGAUGAGUCAAAACCAUUUCAUUGAUGCCAAGGGUGGAACAAAUCUCAUUAUAAACUCUCUCGGCCCUGUUCAGCCCGGCACUGAGAAGAAAGAGAAGUGGUUUUCUUUCAGCAGUAAUGUGAAAAAGGACAAUAAAGGAGUAAAGAGCAUGAGACACGGCACUGCCUCCUACCAGCCUGGUACCACAGUGUUGACCUUUGAAGAGGAGCUGUCCAUGUCUCCAGACCAGCCCACCACCAUGCAGGCUCUGCUCUGGCGUCCUGGUGACACGGAGGGCUCCUCCAACAGCGAGGGCAGCCACACAACUGGUGACUCAGGUCGUUACUCUCACGACGAGACAGAGAUGACCAACCUAUCGUCUGGUCCCAGCAGCCGCCCGCCGUCUCUGACGGGGGAGGACAGCGGAGGCUCCGACUGCGACAGCCCCACCGAAAAGCCGGGCGAGCUUCUGGAGGAAAGUCACGUCGACCUGAAGUUAACGGAGGCUGUCGAGAAUGGCUGCUGUGGUCAUGAAGCGCAGAGCAGUGUGAAGGCGUGUGCCUGA